CAGGAAGGAGGAAGUGAGGUAGAGCGCGAGGUUUUCUGCAUGUAUGUGGCGGACGGAGAGGCUGCAUGUGUACAGCUCACAGAGUGUGUGAGCGCACGCGUGUGUGUGUGUGUAUGUCUGUCUGUAUGUGUGUGUGUGCAAACUGCCCUUUCACGUGAAGGACAAUGUCUCUCAAGCUGCCUCGCAACUGGGACUUCAGCACCUUCAGAGCUGAAACCAACAAGAUAGCGCGGUCCAAGAGCGUCAUGCCAGGGGAAGGCGGCGCGGGGCCGUGCCGGCCGGGUUCGCCUAAAUCCUCCGAGCGACCGCUGAAGACCGGGUGGCUAAAGAAGCAACGUUCCAUCGUGAAGAACUGGCAGCUACGCUACUUCGUGCUGAGAGGGUAUACCCUGUACUACUACAAGGACGAUAAGGAUAAUGCCUUUCAGGGCCACAUCAACCUGAGGCCGAGCCAAGUGAAUGAGCUGCCGUCCAGUACGGAUGAUCCCGGGAAGUUCCUCUUCGAAAUUAUCCCAGGCAGCUCCGGGGAUCGUGAGCGGGACCCCUACGUCCUGAUGGCCAAUUCCCAGAACGAGAUGGAGGAGUGGGUCCGCACCCUCCGCAGGGUGAUUGGAGUACCCUCCAGCGGAGUGUUUGGGAAGAGCCUGGGCGACACGGUGGCGUACGAGCGGAGGUUCGGCCCCCACCUGGUGCCCAUCCUGGUGCAGGAGUGCGCGGAGUUCAUCCUGGAGCACGGGCUGAGCGAGGAGGGCAUCUUCCGCCUGCCGGGGCAGGACAACCAGGUCAAGCAGUUCCGGGACGCCUUCGACGCGGGGGAGAGGCCCUCCUUCCCCAGUGACACAGAUGUCCACACGGUGGCGUCCUUGUUCAAGCUGUACCUGCGGGAGUUGCCUGAGCCCGUGAUUCCCUGGUCCCAAUACCAGGACUUCCUGGACUGCAGUCACCUGCUGAACCCCAACGGCAACCUGGGCCGUGAAAAGCUGGAGAAGCAGAUCUCCCUCCUCCCGAGAGCCAAUUACAACCUGCUCAGCUACAUCUGCAGGUUCUUGUACAAAGUUCAGCAGAACUCCAAGGUGAAUAAAAUGAGCGUGGAGAACCUGGCCACGGUCAUCGGGGUGAACCUGCUGAAGCCGCAGAUAGAGGACCCCGUCACCAUGAUGAAAGGUACGUCGCAGAUCCAGAAGCUGAUGACGGUGAUGAUCCGGCAGCACGAGAGCCUCUUUCCCCCCUCCAAGGACGUGCCGCCUUCGCCCCCCUCCAAAAAAACGGCCCGCAAGAAGCACAGCAUGCCCCGCAGCUUCGUGGGAUGGGACGCUGCCGAGAGCGAAACUCUCUCCGAGUCCCCGGAGGAGGACGGUCCUGGGACGCUGGGAGGUGAGGCGGGAGAUGACGAGGGGUCAGAGGUCACCACCCCUGCACAGCCAUCCUGCCCUUCCUCCCUCUCCUCCUCCUCCUCCUCUUCCUCCUCCUCCUCCUCCUCCUCUUCCUUAAUGGCAGACCCCUGGACUGGGAGCCCCCGCAAGCGGACGCAGACCCUCCCCUCCCUGGGGGCCCGAGAGGGGGCGGGGCACGCGGGGCUCCACAAGGGCAGUCUCCGGGGGACGAUGGCGGGCCCCACCCUUCCUGCUCUGGACGACGACGCAAAGGGGGGCCUCCCCGAGGAGAAGGGGACCCUGUCCGAGGACAUCUUCAAAAUCCUGGACCUGCAGAGGGUCUCGCUGUUCACGGCGACAGGCAAGGGGGACCACGCGGCCAGGAGCGGGGGAUCCACGGAGAGGGGCGCCGCGAUCGCCACCAAGCCCGACCCGCCCAAACCCAGCGGCGGCCCCGCCCAGCCCCAAACCUGGCCCCAAACCCGGCCCCCCCAGGAGGAGAGGGCAGAGGGCAGGGCGGAGACGGCGAGGAGUGUGGUUUCCACACCCAGCUCGGAGGCCAAAACAGGACCCCAGAAGAACACACAGGACACGCCCGAGAGCCUCGUUACCAGUCUACAGCGGAGGAACGAGGAGCUGGUUGCCCGGGUGACGGAGCUGCAGUCUGCGCUGGACGCGGAGAAGCGGCUGGUGACGUCGCUGGAGAUCCGGCUGAGGAACGCCGAGCGCAGCCGCGACCAGGCGGAGCAGCGCAACCAGGAGCUGGACCGGGAGAUCCAGAGCUUCCUGUCCCGCCGGACCGCCGCGGGGCCGCCGUAGGGCCGCCGUGGGACCGCCACGCUCACGCAAGCACCCCGGAACCCAGAACAACCAGAACCGCCCACCCCUACCCACUCCGGCCCUAAUGGGCCAACACUCCCCAAGACCCCUGACCUUUCACCCCCACCCUCCCGAAACUCAGACUGCCGAUUGGUUAACUGAACGCGUGCCCUGGGGAUGCGGGUUCUGUGGGCAGACGGACAUCGUUUUUUUAAAAACGUACGCUUUAUAAGAACGUGUUUUUGAGACGGGCUCUUGUGCUGCUGAAGGCAGCUGACCUCCGGCCAGGACUCCAGUCUGUGUCGGCUGUACCUGCCAGUGAGCAGAACCUCAGUAAACAGCAGCCCCGCGCUGUUCGGCCAUUUUGUGUCUUGAGUUGUCCAGGGGAUAUCAUGCGCGCACAUCCCUGGCUGCCGUUUCCCACACUGAUAGCGAGCCCGUCCGUCGCUGCACGCUCACGCUCUUUCCUGUCAGGUCCCAAGUCAAAACAACUCUAUCGCCGCUGAAUAAUAAACAGGACACCCCAAGACCAGGGCUCAAAACCACAGCCACUGUUACAAUAAUAAUAAACUGUAUUUAUAUAGCACGUUUUAUACAGCACAGUGCAAUGCAAUGUCCUU